AUAGUCGCCGAAAAGAUAAACCAUGGGAUACCGAUGAUAUCGACCAGGUUCAGUUUUGGACCAAUCAUCCUUUACUGACUCCACGCAUAGUGGAAAAUAGACCCGUUUAUGCCCGCGGAUAACAAAGCCGGUGCAUUUGCUGAAGAAUCAUCUUUUGCGACACUUUUCCCGAAAUAUCGUGAAAAGUAUCUGCGUGAAGUUUGGAGUGCAGUGACUCGGGCUUUAGAAGCACACGGUGUAGCAUGUACCCUUGAUCUCGUUCAUGGCUCCAUGUCAGUUCGCACUACUCGAAAAACCUACGACCCCUACAUCAUCCUCAAGGCCCGGGACCUCAUCAAGCUCCUCUCCCGUGGUGUUGCUGUGACACAAGCCGUGAAGAUUUUGAACGACGAUAUAUCGUGUGAUAUCAUCAAAAUCGGGAAUUUGGUCCGGAAUAAGGAGCGGUUUGUGAAGAGACGACAGAGGAUCAUUGGACCAGACGGCAGUACAUUGAAGGCUAUCGAGCUGUUAACACAAUGCUACGUGCUAGUACAAGGAAGCACUGUCAGCGUCAUGGGCCCACACAAAUCGCUCAAGGAGGUGCGACGGAUAGUCCUCGAUUGCAUGAAGAAUAUACAUCCCAUCUAUCGUAUCAAAGAGCUCAUGAUUCGGCGCGAACUAGCAAAAGAUCCAAAGCUCGCCACAGAAUCCUGGGACCGUUUCCUACCUCAAUUCCGUAAGAACCAUCUCAAGACAUCCGACAAGACUGCAAAGAAGAACGAGAGGCUCGAAGCAAAGAAUGCUGCGCGGACAGCUGCUGGCCUCCCGAUAGAAUCUUCAGCUGAUGUGGCAGCGAAGAAAAAAGUGUAUACGCCGUUUCCUCCAGCGCAGCUUCCGAGAAAGGUCGAUCUCCAGCUCGAAUCUGGAGAGUAUUUCCUCAAGAAACACGAGAAGAUUGCGAAGGAGAGUGCUCAACGGAGACAAAAACAAACCGAAAGUAUGGAAAAACGUCGUGCAGAGCGCGCGGAAGCUUUCGUGGCACCGGCAGAAGAUGCUGCGCCGACUGUAGAAGAGAAGAGGAAGCGGAAGCGGAAGGAUAUGGGAUCAGAGAUGACGAGGGAUCAGCAAGAGGCGGUUGGUACGAAGAAGUCAAAGAAGAAGAAACACAAGGUGGAGGAGGAGGAGGAGAAAUGAGACUGAUUUUCGAUUGUCUCCAUGUUUACAGAAGAGUAUCAGCCUCAACCUCUUGCCAUUAGUUAACGUACCUUGUUGAACUGCGUGUCGUUCCCAUAUUCAAGGGACAAUGCUUACUUAGAAGAGUUGCGAAGUGGACAAACGUUUUUCAAGGGUUACUGCCGGACCGGCGCAAUUCGAUCGUUA